AGCCAGCUAACCUUCUUGGCCCUUUUUUCCUUUUUUCUUUUCCUCUAACCAAAUAUACCUAUCUUCGAACCUUUCAGUCUUUCUGAUCUCAAAUCUUCCAUUAUUCUGCCUUUUUUGGAAUUUGAUGAAAUAGCUGAGAAUUUUCAAAAGGAGCUGUUGUUUUAAAAGGGUUUGUGAAGGAACAGUAGAAAAUGGCGUGUAAAGGUUUUUGGGAGUGUUUGUUGAAGCUUUUGAACUUCUUGUUGACCCUUGUUGGUUUGGCAAUGGUGGGGUAUGGUAUUUAUUUAUUUGUUGAGUACAAAAAUCAUUCGUCCUCCGGGGAUGAUGAUUACCCAGUUGCGCCACCUACAAGGUCUGAAGUGUUAGAGUUCGGUCGUCCAAUGCUGAUGGCUGUUUCGUUGGCUGGAAACAUCUUUGAUAAACUUCCGAAACCUUGGUUCAUAUAUUUGUUUAUUGGUAUUGGAGCAGUUCUUGUAAUUGUAUCUUGUUGUGGUUGCAUUGGAGCGGCAACAAGGAACGGUUGCUGCCUGAGUUGUUACUCUGCGUUGAUUUUCUUGGUGAUCUUGAUAGAGCUAGCUGCUGCUGGGUUUAUAUUCUUUGAUAAAAGCUGGAGAGAGGAAAUUCCAACUGACAAAACGGGUAACUUUGAUGCAAUCUAUGAUUUUCUGGAUGACCACUGGAAGAUUAUCAAGUGGGUUGCCCUUGGUGCUGUUAUUUUGGAGGCUCUUAUAUUCUUAUUGGCCCUCGUAGUAAGGGCAGCAAACAGACCAGCAGACUAUGAUAGUGAUGAUGAGUACAUAGGUGGUCCCAGGCAACAAAUUCGACAGCCACUGAUCAACAAUAGGCCUACACCAGCUCCUGCAACCGGUGUCCCUGUUACUGGUACCGUUGAUAAUCGUCCAAGCAGAAAUGAUGCGUGGAGUAUGCGUAUGAGGGAAAAGUAUGGGCUUGAUACAUCGGAGUUCACUUACAACCCGUCGGAGUCAAACAGAUAUCCGCAAACUGCCGCACAGCCGCAAGAGGAAAGGAAGGGUUGUGCCAUAAUGUGAUGAUGGGUCUUUCUUGUAAUUUUGGGAGGACUGAUGAUUGUGCUCGUCUGUGUAAUUUAGUCUGGUGUGAAGUAUUUGUUGUCUUUUGUAAGCCUUUUCUCUUUGUGGAGUCUUCUUAUGUACAAAACACAGUUUUCAGGAUCUUCACUUGUUAACAGUACAUUUUGAAGGAUAAUUACUCUUCAUGUCCA